AUGAUAGAAAGAGAAGAAAACCUUAUUAUUCGAAAUAAUAGAUAUAAUGGCAACAAAUUGGUAUAUAAUGAUAUGAUUAAAAUUUGGAUAACAUUUGGUUAAAAAAAAACAUAAUUUUAUCUUGGUUUUAAUAAAUUUAAGUUCAUAUAUGCAAUUCAUACUGGCCUGGAUUUAUUAAUAAAAAUUAAUUAAAAUGUUAUCUCAAAUGUUUUAAAAAUAAUCCAUUUUGCCGGAGGUGGUUGUGUAUUAGUAAACCAAUUAAAAUCAGGAAUUUCAUAGUCAGAUAAUUAAGAUCUUUAUAAUUUCUUUAAUAAAUUCUAUUUUUAUGUUGAGAAAAUUUGCACUAAGGCUGUUGUUGCUGCUGAUUCGUCUGAAUCUUAAGAAAUAAUGAUAGCACUCUAAUGGUUUAUUUUUUAAGAAGAAAAUAUUUACAAUCUCAACAAAAAUGCUUAAAGUGUAGUGAAAUCAUAUGAUUUAAUCUUAAAGGGAAUCAAAAAGUUAUUGAAAAGCUGUUUGAUCUGCAUUAGAACAGAUUCUUUUAAAUGUUUAUAUAUCUUAUAGAUAACAGCGUCACUUUCUAAAGUUAUAUUUAGCUUCCAUGUACUUAAUGAGAAGAGAUUUAUGAAAUGUGAUUUAUAACAGGAAUUUUUGGAUAUCUCUGAUGAACUAAGAUAACAAAUGUAAAUAGAGAAGAAUGAUUUGAUUCAAAAUGAAAUGGAAGUCUAUCUUUUCUUAACAAAAACCUCUUUCGAGAUCUCACCUAAUAAUGGAAAAGAAAAGGAAAAAAUCUUAUAAGGAUGUUUAUACGGUAUUAUUGAUUCGAUAAUUUAAAUGAGGCCAAACGAGAAAUUGCUUGAAUCAUUAUUUCAGGGAGCCUGUCUUAUUUAAAAAUUGUAUGAGGUAAGCAACAAUAGAAAAUAAUUUGAAGUUUAUUUUUAAAUUGAUAUGUUGUAAUGGGAAAUAAUUAGUUAUUUUAAGAAUGAUAAAUUUUAACAUCUAGAUGAAAUUCUUUUACAGGUUGAGCAAAUACAUGAUAAGAUGUAAAAAAUUCAAAUUUAUGGUAAUAUCAUUAUCUUUGGGUGUAAAUGAUUGGAAAAAUCAUAUAUUAUUAUCCACAUAUAACUAAAAAGAAAUUAUCUCAGCUGAUAAAUUCUUUUAACUUUGGAUUAAAUCCAGAUUAAAUUUGGAAUGA